UUACACCCGACCGAGGAAAUCCCUUUACAUUUCUGGGCAGAGCCGGCAAUGUGCACCUUGGUGGGGCUGCUGUGGAUGUUCCUGGUGCUGGCUGUGCCGUCUAUGGAAGCUUCGCUCCUGGCUGAGGAAGGUCUGCUGAAAGAUGACACAAUUGCCGACUUGCUGAAAGAGACCGGUGGGGACUUGGUUGUCAAGAAACCCUACAUCCAGUUUAACGCCCAAUUCUCUACCAAUCCCGAUAAAGGUUGCUUCCUGGACCCAGAGCAGGACGAGUGCCUGCAGAACUGCAACUACAACUCCUCUGCCAAGACCUUCAUUGUUAUCCACGGUUGGACUAUGAGCGGACUCUUCGAGAGCUGGCUGCACAAGCUGGUCUUGGCUCUUCAGGCGAGAGAACCAUAUGCCAACAUCAUCGUGGUGGACUGGAUGUCCCUUGCCCAUCAGCUGUACCCCGAUGCUGUUAAUAACACAAAGAUUGUUGGAAGAGAAACUGCCGUACUGAUGGACUGGUUGCAGGAGAAAGCAAACUUGUCCCUCCAAAAUGUCCACCUUAUUGGGUACAGUCUUGGUGCGCAUGUUGCUGGGUUUGCUGGUAACUACGUGAAUGGAACAAUUGGACGUAUUACAGGUUUGGACCCAGCAGGCCCAAUGUUCGAAGGGGUUGAAGCCCAAAAACGUCUUUCCCCUGAUGAUGCGGAUUUUGUAGAUGUUCUUCACACAUAUACUAGAGAAGCGUUGGGUGUCAGCAUUGGCAUCCAGAUGCCAAUUGGCCAUAUUGAUAUCUACCCUAACGGUGGAGACUUUCAGCCAGGCUGUGGCUUAACUGAUGUUCUUGGAGCAAUCGCUUAUGGCAGUAUUGGGGAAGCAGUGAAGUGUGAGCAUGAGAGGUCAGUCCAUCUGUUUGUAGAUUCCCUCAUCAAUAAAGACAAGGAGAGCUUUGCGUUCCAGUGUACAGACUCCAAUCGGUUCAAGAAGGGGAUCUGCCUGAGUUGCCGCAAGAACCGCUGCAAUGCCAUUGGCUACAAUGCUAAGAAGAGCACCAGCAAGAGGAACAGCAAAAUGUACCUGAAAACCAGGGCUUAUAUGCCUUACAAAGUUUUCCAUUACCAAAUGAAGAUGCACAUAUUCGACUACAAGCACCAAGAAUCGUCUACAGAACCCACUUUUGCUGUCACACUCUUUGGAACACAGAAUGACUCUGCCGCUCUUUCUUUGACUGUGCCCGAGAAGAUUGGCUACAACUUCACAAACACAUUCUUGGUUCACACCGAAGAAAACAUUGGCGACCUGCUGUCUAUAAAGCUAACUUGGGAAGGAACCAAGCAGUCCUGGUACUCCUUCUGGAGCUCUCUACAGAGUUACUGGUCAGCGCCCGACAACGGUCAUAAGGAGCUGCAUGUCCGCCGUAUCCGCGUGAAGUCCGGGGAAACGCAGCAAAAGUUCACUUUUUGUCUAAAAGAUCUUCACGCAAGUCGCAUAGCUCCGGGCAGUGAGCUGGUCUUUGAGAAAUGUAGAGAUGGCUGGGAAGUGAAGGCACGGAAACGGGUGAAUUUAUGAUUCUAUACACCCUUCCCUUGAUCAUCACUCAACGAUGGAAGAAUGUUACAACUGGACCCCGAACUGGAAAAAGUUCUAAAGCACUGAAGAUUACGCUGCUCUUUAUAUUUAUCAAGGAAGGUUCUGAAAGACUAUUCCACAAUGUAUCGCCAG